UCCCGUUGGGCUCAUGCGUGGUCGCCGCUGUGGUGUCGUCUGGACGUGUUGACACUUUCCCCGCGUGUCCCCGUGUCUCCACGCGUGUCCCCGUGUCUCCUUCUGUGUCUCCCCGAGUCUGCCUGUCUCUCCGCUCGUCUCCCCGUGUCUCUCCGCGGACGGACAUCCCAGCCUGUGACCGGAGGCUCUCCCCACUCGCCCGCUCGCUCGGGCCCAGCCGAGGGUCUGCCCCCACACCCCCCUUUCCCCUCCCCCCCAUCCUCGCGUCCACCAUGGCCGUGGAGGGCACUCUGAGCGUCUCCAACUCUCCGCUCAUCUCCCUGCGCAACGGCGGCCCCGUGCCUGGCGGCGGCGGCGGCACCGGCGGCGCUUUCCGGCCGAACGGGAACCGCCGCAGCGUGGCCAUCCUGGGCAGCGGCGACUUCGCACGGGCCCUCGCGGCCCGCCUCCUCUCGGCCGGCUACGCCGUCGCCGUGGGCAGCCGCGACCCCAAGGCGGCCGCCGAGCGCAUGCCGCCGCAGGCCGAGCUGCUGGGCCGCGCCGAGGCGGCGGCGAGCGCUGCGCUCGUGGUCGUGGCGCUGCACCACGAGCACUACGCGACGCUCGCCGAGCUGGGCGGCGCGCUCGCCGGCAGGGUCCUCGUCGACGUCAGCAACCGGAGCCCGGCGCAGAGGAGGGAGCAGCGGCGGCGGAAGCGCGGAGGAGGCGGCGGCGACGGGAGGACGCAGAGGAGCAAUGCGGAAUUCCUGGCGGAGAUGUUUCCCCACUCGCACGUGGUGAAGGCCUUCAACGUGGUGUCGGCCUGGGCGCUGCAGGGCGGGCCCAGGGACUCCAGCAAGCGCGUGCCCGUGUGCGGGGACAGCGUGGAGGCGCGCGCCGCCGUCAUGCAGCUGGCGCGCGACCUCGGCUUCGCGCCGCUCGACAUGGGCGCCCUCUCCUCCGCCGCCAGCGUCGAGGAACUGCCCCUGCGCCUCUUCCCGCUGUGGCGCUUCCCCGUGCUGCUCUGCCUCGCGCUCUCCCUCUUCUUCUUCCUCUACGCGUUCGUGCACGAGGUCGUCCACCCCUUCGCGGUGCACGGCCGCAGCGAGUUCUACAAGAUCCCCGUGGAGGUGGUGAAUGCCACGCUGCCCGUGGUGGCGCUGUCGCUGCUUGCUCUCGUGUACGUGCCGGGCGCGCUGGCAGCGGCGCUGCAGCUGUGGCACGCCACCAAGUGGCGGCAUUUCCCGCCGUGGCUCGACCGCUGGCUGCGAUGCCGCAAGCAGCUGGGCCUGCUGGCGUUCUUCUACGCUGGCCUGCACGCCAUCUACAGCCUCGCCCUGCCCCUGCGCCGCUCGUACCGCUACCGCCUGCUCGACGACGCCUACCGGCAGGUGCAGAGCGGCUUGACGUCGUCGUGGGAUGAAGAGCAAGUGUGGCGCAUGGAGACGUACAUCUCGCUCGGCAUCAUGGCGCUCGGCCUCAUGGUGCUGCUCGCCAUCACCUCCCUGCCGUCCGUCAGCGACGCGCUCAACUGGCGCGAGUUCAGCUUCAUACAGUCCAAGCUGGGCGUGGUGGCGCUGGCGGUGAGCACGCUGCACGCACUCACGUUCGGCUGGCGCCGCGCCUUCGAAGCCGAGCACUACCACUUCCACCUGCCGCCCGUGUUCGUGCUGGCGCUGCCCCUGCCCUGCGCCACGCUGCUCGCCCGCCUGCUGCUGGCGCUGCCCUGCUGCUCGCGCCCGCUGGAGCGCGUGCGCCGCGGCCACGAGGGCAGCCCCUUCCGUGGCGCGUGCGGAGCGGCGGCACGCAGGCCCAUCGGCGACAUCACCAGCAUCGUGUGACCCGCACGCACGCGCGAGUGUGUGCGCGCACACGCACGCAUAUUUGCGUAGCGACUUAAGAACUACAGCGGUACCACAGGCAGCAUCCACCACCGAUUGGGGUAAGGUACGAAGGGAGACCCGCGGGGAUAGGGUGGGGGCAAGGUAGGGAGGGGUGGAGGGGUUCACGAAGAGUUUCCCACAAUCCACUCUUCAGAGCCACCGCAGUAAUUUUUCUUACUUGCCAAACCUCCCUCCAUUCAAAUGGCAAUUCAGUUGUGGCACGCUGUACAUGCCUGAUUAUUGCUAAAUAUGUGACUUAGAGGGCACUGAAUCACUCACGGCCAACACCAGUGAUGAUUAUCUGAACCGGUCCUGGGCCUCCUCCCCUAGGUUUACUCAGCCUCAAUUGAGAACCUAGUGCAAUGUGUAAAAACAUUGCCACGAGGGAGACAAAGGCAGCGUGGUGCUGGCCACUCACCCCCUCAUGUGCCAUUCUGGCCUUCACAGGUGCUCACUAACAGCACUUGCCCCAACAGUCUCUUAAGGCUACAUGGGGGAAAUAUUUGCCUUGGAGACAUAAUUUGAUUUGUUGCUUUCUACAUCACGUUGGAGGCGUUUAUCAUUCAUCAGGGGUGUGUAGUGUGCAAUGACAAUUUACAUUUGAAUGGAGAUGUCAGUGUGCACCUGUGCACCUUGGUGAGUUGUGAAGACUGGAGUUUGGAAAACGUCUGGAUUUGGGGACAGGGUUAGGGCUUGUAAAAAUGAAUAUGGGUACAGUUAGGGGUUACAUUCCAGUUGGAAGAUAGGGGUAAGGCUAGAGAUAGCGGCAGGUUUAGGCUGUGGGUUGAAGGGUCAUAUAUGUCAGAGGUAUGAUUAAGGUUAAUGGUGGGGAUAGCAAAAGAGGUGGGGGUACUGGUAGGGCAAUGAUUAAGGAUAGGAUUAGGGGCAUGAGUAGGUUUCAGACAACUACAAGUCAGCUUCGUGUUAAGGGGUAGUGGGCAGAUUUUGGGUUUAAGGACUCGUAGUUGGAUUGGACGAACCGAUAAGAUUAGCUGUUGAAUAGGGUUGGAUUUUGGGUUCGGGGUUAGUGUAAAGAUGGAGGGUUACAGGUCACAGGUUAAGGUGAGAGGAUAAUGACUUGGUAUCCAACUAGGUAGAAUGUUUAACAUUAGGGCUUACAAUGUGGGAUUACAGUCAGACGUUCAGUCUGCAAGGUAAGGGUUAGAGAGGCGUGAGACUGUGGCCAAGGCUUUUUCCUCUCCUCAUCGACAGCGAAGGUCUCUCCCCAAACUCAUGGGGAGGUCACCCUUAGGUGAGGUCAUGGAUCUCGUGAUGCUUGACAGCAUCUUGCCGCGUGAAGGUCAGCAUUAAGCUUUUCACAUCGGGUGCAAAUAAAAAAAAGAGAUAUGGAGGUAUUUUUCAGUGGCAAAAGAAGCCGCCACUUUUUUUUUGCUUUCAAAUGUAUUUUUUAUUAAAUUAUAAAUCUUUUUUUUUAUCAAAAUCACUUCGCUGCAAUAAUGUAUUGAUUGUGUAAUUGCGUGUCAUUGCACCAAAGGGGAGGAUACACCUGCUGCGUGUUUUUUAAACGUGUGACACGCUGUAAAGAAGUAUUGCCAAAUGUUCAUGAUGUGCUCAGGCAAUAUUAGGGUAAAUUGUUGCUGUCAAUUGCCACCGGCAAAGGAUUUGCACUGAGCGGUUUUAGCAACUCGCUACGGCAAUGGCAUGGGGUGAUGGAGUUCUGCCUUCCGAAGGACAUUUUUUUUUUAAGUUUCUUCGACGAACAAUGAGUGAUCACGUGACCUCGAGGUUGUCAUCUGACCGCUGUGUUUGAUUUGAUUGUGUCAUCAUCCCGGUUGUCCGCCAAUUGAGGCGACGAUACAAAAUGGUGCGGCCACCGUUGCCAGCAACGAAUUCUACAAAUUACCACACGUGUCAUCGCCACCUUAAGAGCGCCAUCCUCCGGAGGGACUUUGAAGUGCAGGCGGUUUGAUCCAUUCCACCGACGUUUAGCCAACUCCCGCAGUUUUCAUUUGUUGCCAAUGAUGUCACGAUCUCACGAACACGUCUCGUCCUUCCCGCGAAGAGACAUUUGAUCAUUUGCUCAUCGCACCGAGAGCACACUUGGCAUCGCCUCGCAGAAAAAACACACAAACUCUUGCCCAAUCAAGUUUCUCUAAAACACAAACCCUGCUGAAACGAGUACCAUCGAGGAUUCGUCCAGUCUGCGAGUGAUCGUUAACGAGACUUCUCAAUGUACCGGCACAAGCCCACCGUCUGUCCAAUGGUGGUACAGCUCGCCACUCGUGAUGGAAUGUAACCUCCAAGAAGAGCACAUCCGCUAAAACUGGGCAAUGAAAACGAUGUGUUUUUGAUAUAGCGCCCUCCUAUACACCAGGGCAUAUCAGAGCGCUGAACAUACGAUAAGCGCUUUGCAACCCCAUCUCAUGUUGAACAUUUGAAGGGGCACCCCGAGUGGCAGCUGUCCUUGUGGACACGAGGUGAUUUCAUAGCUUAACCUGCAAUAAAGGCGUUCGUUCUACUAGUAGGUGGCCAUGAUUGCUCUGUGUAAACCCAGUUGGGUGAGGAGUUAUGGGUUGUGCCUGCCCUUGUCAACUCUCCGAAGAUAAGCAGGGUUGAGCUUGAUUACUACGUGGAUGGGAGACUGGGAAUACCAGCUGUUGUCGGCUUGGGCUGUGAAGUGUCCAGGAGAAAGUAUUACAACAGUGUAUUCUUGAAUCUGUAUAUGCAGAGCUCGUUUGAGUGUUAUCCCCCUCCCCCCCUCAUGUGUGAGAUUCCUCCUUCCGACAUGCCAACCACGGGUUUUAUUGACAAAACAUCCCAAUGGAAGCAGGACCCUCGUGAAAUCGAGUCUUGAGACUCAAGCUUUCCUGGGUGAGCAACGGUCAUCAGCAUUGUGACAAGCCACUAUGUUGAGCUAUCAUUUGUGGCCAGGUCGCUUCUGAGAAAGAGCUAUAUUGCUUGGUGGGCUUUGCCUGGUGAAAUAAAAAUAGUGGUAGUAGUAGUAGUUAAUUCAAGUCCCAGAGCAAGGUGGCUCAAACGCUUCGUACGGAUCGUUGUUUACGCACCCGGUGUCUGCCGUUUCCCCAGCGUGUCACACACCUGUGGCUGCUGUCAGUGUUAUCGCUGUGUUUGCUGUUUUAUAGGUCAUCCACGUGCAAAUGGACAAACAUCCAAUAAGCAAUAAUUACGGAUAAUUGUGUGUGGCUUGCGCUCCCUUGCGAAAUUCGGGAAGCUUUCUGAACGUCACUCUUCACUUUCGUCCCGUGGGUGACGUUACAUUUUUUCCCACCAGCAAAAAAGUUGAGAUUUUAAGACGCACAUUAGAGGCAGCUUUUCUUGAUCGUUUCAAGAGUUCGAUUCCAAGUCACACGGAUUGAACGUGAGGCUUGUUUUGAAGCCCCGCUGCUAUACACUGUGCGAACCGCACGAUGCCGUCACUCAGUAAUAACAACGGUGACUAGAGAAAGUAAAAAUACAUUUUAAGCGCACAUUUUAAAUUUCUCGUCCUCAGAAAUCGUCACCAUUUGCUUACAUAUGCAGCUGUGUCCGAGGACUUUCUACUCUUCUGGCAGCUGAUCUUUUUUUAAUCCUUCAACUGCAUAUUGCGUGAAUAUGGAAGCUUUUACGUGUACCCGCUGAACGGUUUCAAACGCAAUAGCAUCGUAACAAUGAUUUUCAAAUCGGUAGCCUGCAGCAAGCGCGUGUCCGUCCGUGUUGCUGCACUCGGUCGAGCCGUCCAGUUUCCAACAAAAUUGUUACUUGAACACUUCCCAAGUCCGUGGGGGCCGUUUUAUUCGUGGGUGUUGUUCGCGUUGUCGUAAGCCGUUGUCCAGCUCACGCGAUUCCAUUGCCUUCCCAGCGACCUGGCUGUGUACGCCAGCAGCGGCGCGGACCGACGAUAAGUCGAGGCCCGUCCGUUCGCCGCGUCCUCUUGUGUUUAGAUUCGAGAGCAAACUCGUCCACCGCUCUCGCCGCCGCCGCCGUCUGGCCAUGACGCACCCAGCGCUGUGUCUCUAGAUUAGAAGUAGACACGUCUUCCCAGCCCGUGUAGGAGCCACAGUUGUCUCGCCGUAGAGGCUGCCGGAAGCAGUAGCUUCGCAGAUUUUUGACGUCUUCCAUGAAAUAAACCUCCCAAUGAGA